AUGUCCCAAUUUACGGAAGUCUUGGAGAAAGCCAGAGUUGCUGGGUCUCAAAAGAAAUAUGUGGACGCCGAAUCCGAAUAUUACUCUAUUAUCAAUGCCAAGUUUCCAGAAGACGAUCAAAAAAUUAAAGCUAAGUUCUUGCAGGACCAGGAAACUGCCAUAAUCGAAUUGGGCAAGCUUUAUCAAGAACAGAAGUCAGGUGAAAAAUUGUGUCAAUUAUUGGCGAACUCCCGGUCCGUCCUUGGAGUGUUUGCUAAAUCCAAGACUGCUAAGAUUGUUAAAACAUUGGUCGAGGACUUCGAUGCAAUCCCCGGUAUCGUUGACUUGCAAAUCAAAGCCAUCAGGGAAUCGAUUACCUGGGCUAUUGAUAACAAGUUAUCAUUUUUGAGGCAACAGUUGCAAUUGAGAUUAUCUUCCAAGUUGUACGAAACUGGGGCAUACCAAGAAGGGUUGAAAAUUAUCACAGAUCUAUUAAGAGAGUACAAGAAAUUGGACGACAAGUCGUCUCUUGUUGAAGUACAGUUGGUGGAAUCUCAAAUAUACCAUGCUUUGCGCAACAUUCCAAAAUCUAGAGCUGCAUUGACAAGUGCAAGAACUUCAGCAAAUUCCAUCUACUGCCCAACAAUAUUGCAAGCUGAACUUGACUGCCAAAGUGGAAUUUUGAACGCUGAGGACAGGGAUUACAAGACUUCAUUUUCUUACUUCUACGAAUCAUUUGAAGGUUUCAAUGCGCAAGGAGACACACGUGCAAUCACUGUUUUAAAGUAUGUUUUGUUAUCUAAGAUCAUGUUGAACUUGAUUGAUGAUGUCAACGUGAUUUUAAACAAUAAGAAUGUUACCAAGUAUCAAUCAAGGGACAUUGAUGCAAUGAAAGCUAUUGCAACUGCGUACUCUCAUCGUUCUUUAAAAGAGUUUGAAGAUGCUUUGAUUUCUUAUGCUGAUGAACUAAAGUCUGACCCUAUUAUCAAGAACCACUUUAACGCGUUGUAUGAUAACUUGUUGGAGCAGAAUUUAUUAAAAAUCAUCGAGUCUUAUAGUGUUGUGGAGUUGUCCCAUAUCUCGAAAAUUAUCGGCUUGAACUUGCAGCAAGUUGAAGGUAAAUUGUCGCAAAUGAUCCUAGAUAAGGUAUUCUACGGUGUUUUGGAUCAAGGUAACGGUUGGUUAAUCAUCUAUGAUGAACCUAGAACUGAUUCUUCUUACGAAGCUUCGUUAGAAUUGUUCAAAAACUUAUCCAAUGUGGUUGAUUUGUUGUAUGAAAAGGCUGCGUCUUUGAAUUAG